AUGAACCCAACUAAUUGCACACAUGGCCCCUCUCCUCAAUCAGUCUCCAUUGAAUCUGUUGAGAUAUCAAUCCAAAAUCUCAUCAAAAGCUGGUACAAAAGGCAGAGAUGGCAACACUUUUUCAACCCAAGAUUAGAACUAGUAGUGUCAUCAAGCAGAGCACCCUGGAGAACUCACUUGGCUAAAUUCCUAGAAUCAACCCAACUUCGCAUCGUUGCAAUAUCAUUGCUUCUUCUAGACCUAGUCCUCACCAUUCUUGAGCUAUCCUCCACUAUACUUUCCUGUUCACCCAAGAACAGUAGUAUUAACAUAGAUAAAGCUUGGUACCAUUGGGUAGGAAUUUCCAUCCUGGCGCUGCUUUCUGCCAAGACAGUGGCUCUUGCUGUGGGGCUUGGCAGUGCCUUCUUGAGACGGCCAGGCUAUCUUGUCGAUGGCAUAGUUGUUGUCGGGGCAUUGCUUUUGGAGGCAUUAUUGGAGAGGAAAGGAGGAGGUUUGCUUGCGAUUGUGAGUUUGUGGCGUGUUGUGAGGGUGGUAGAAAGUGCCAUGGAGUUGAGUGAUGAGGCCAUUGAAGCACAGAUUGAAGGGAUCGUUUGCCAGUUCGAGGCACUCCGAGAGGAGAAUACGAGGCUUUUGGAGACCAUUGCCCAAAAGGAUCAGAUAAUAGAGACUCUAGAGAAAGAACUGGAUGAAUAUAGGCAGGCAUGAUUGCGAUCAGAGUCCAAUGUCCUGAACAAAAGUAUAUAUC